AUGAGUUGCAGUAAAAGCAGGGGCAAAGAGGAUGAGAAGUGUGAGAAGCUUGCAAGGAAAUCAGUUGAAGGGUUGUCAUCUCAGAAUGGAUCGGUUGUGGCCUCCCCACGUUUAACCAUCGAUGAAAGUGUGCUUAUUGACCCAAAAUCCCUAUUUAUUGGGUCAAAAAUUGGAGAGGGAGCUCAUGGCAAAGUAUAUCAAGGAAAGUAUGGAGAUCAAAUUGUUGCCAUCAAAGUUCUCAACUGUGGUAACACAUCAGAAGAGAGAACUAUGCUUGAGAGUCGUUUUAUUAGGGAAGUAAUGAUGAUGUCCAGAGUAAAGCAUGAGAACCUUGUUAAGUUUAUCGGAGCAUGUAAAGAUCCUUUGAUGGUGAUAGUUACAGAACUUUUACCGGGAAUGUCACUUCGAAAGUAUUUAUCCAGCGUGCGUCCAAAGCAGUUGGAAAUGCAUGUGGUGUUAAAUUUUGCUCUUGACAUUGCUCUGGCCAUGGACUGUUUACAUGCAAAUGGGAUUAUACAUAGAGAUUUAAAACCUGACAAUUUGUUGCUUACUGCCAAUCACAAGUCUGUGAAGCUUGCAGAUUUUGGUCUUGCCAGAGAAGAAACUGUAACUGAGAUGAUGACUGCAGAAACUGGGACAUAUCGUUGGAUGGCACCAGAGUUGUAUAGUACCGUGACACUACGUCAAGGGGAGAAGAAGCACUACAAUAACAAAGUUGAUGUUUACAGUUUUGGCAUUGUCCUUUGGGAAUUACUGACAAAUCGCAUGCCAUUUGAGGGAAUGUCAAAUUUGCAGGCUGCUUAUGCUGCUGCUUUCAAGCAAGAGCGGCCUAAUCUUUCAGAAGACAUCCCAACAGAUCUAGCAAUUAUUAUACAGUCAUGCUGGGUUGAGGAUCCUAAUAUGCGACCCAGCUUCAGUCAGAUUGUUCGGAUGCUCAAUGAAUUCCUUUCCACACUUCCUCCACAGUCUCCAUCUUUACCCGAUCAUAACUUCUCUGAGGAAGGAAUGACAAGCAAUGGUUCUAUCACUGAGUUUUCUGCUCGGGCAAGAGGGAAAUUUGCUUUUCUUCGCCAGCUUUUUGCUGCAAAGAAGGCCAGGAACUCACAAUAA